UCAACUACAAUUCCUUCCUUAUGGUGCCCUGAGCAUGUUUGCACGCCGAAUGCGUUUGUGUAGAUAUGAGCGAGCUAGCAGCUUUAAAAGCCCUUAGCAAGGCAAAGGAGAGCGAGGAGAAGCGCAUACAGGAGAGGCGGAGGAACUUAAUAGUGCUAAUUUUGAGACACCUCGCGGACCAUGGAUACACGGACACAUAUGAGAGGCUAUGCACGGAAUCAAACCUCUCAUUGCAAAAGGUAGACGUUGCUGACAAUGUAGACCUCCUACGGAUUCUGCAAGAGUUCGAGGAGUCAUAUGAACUCAAGUUCGGGAAGCGCCCCAAGGUGGUGCGCCGUUUGGUCGAGGAGGUGUCAUCUGGCGGCGGUGGCGUCCGGGUAAGGGCAGCAUCUGGAGGCCCCCGGCCGGCGCCCAUCAAUGGUGCUGGGCAGGCUGGGGGCGCGAGUGGCUCCCCCGCCUCAUCAGCAGGCGGUGUACCAAUUGGGGCGGCGAUGGCACGGCCGCCAGGUGCUCCGGGUCUGGAGGGUCCGCCCAUCAGCGGUGCGCUGGCAGCCAAGCAGCGGCGGGACGCCGGCGCGGCGGCGGCUGCGGUGGGCGAGGUCGGCCGCAAGGCGGAGCUGCUGGAACGGCGACAGGCGGCCAUGAACAGCGUGAAGCCGCCGCCGGAGGUGGGCAUGCAGCGCAUCGCGGGCGUGCAGGUGGACGGCCGCGGCGGCGUGCUGGCAGGCAUGUCGCGUGAGGACGUUGCGGCAGCGCAGCUGCAGGGGCUGUGUGUGGCGGGGCAGGCUGCGCCUAUCGCUGCCAGCCGUGCAGCCGCAGCCGGCAACGGCAGCGACAGCGACAGUGACCCCGACAACUUUUUUGAGCGGCGGGUGCUCAAACCACUACCGCCGCAGCUGCAGGGCGAGCUGCGGGAGCUGGGCGCCGCCAUCACUCGCGACAUCUUCACCGACAGCCCCAACGUGCGCUGGGAGGACAUCGCGGGGCUGGACAGCGCCAAGCGGCUGAUCAAGGAGGCGGUGGUCAUGCCCAUCAAGUACCCGCAGCUGUUUACGGGCCUGCUGGCGCCGUGGAAGGGAGUGCUGCUGUACGGGCCGCCCGGCACCGGCAAGACGCUUCUAGCCAAGGCUGUGGCCACCGAGUGCCGCACAACAUUCUUCAACAUCUCCGCCUCGUCCAUCAUCUCCAAGUGGCGCGGCGACUCGGAGAAGCUCGUGCGGGUGCUGUUCGAGCUGGCCCGCUACCACGCGCCUUCCACUGUCUUCCUGGACGAGAUUGACGCCCUGAUGGCGGCGCGCGGCGGCGAGGGCGAGCACGAGGCCAGUCGCCGCAUGAAGACAGAGCUGCUCAUCCAGAUGGAUGGGCUGGCUCGCGGCGGAGAGCUGGUGUUUGUGCUUGCCGCCACCAACUUGCCCUGGGAGUUAGACAUGGCGUUGCUACGGCGCCUGGAGAAGCGCAUCCUGGUGCCGCUGCCCAACACAGCAGCGCGCAGAGCCAUGUUCGCCACGCUGCUGGUGGGCCGAUGUGCGCCCGACGUCAGCCCAGACAUGCUGGCGGAGCGGACUGAGGGCUACAGCGGCAGCGACGUGGCUGUGGUGGCCAAGGAGGCGGCCAUGCGGCCGCUGCGGCGCCUCAUGUCGAAACUGGAGUUGGACGGACCUGUGGACCCCAACAUCAAGGUGGAGCUGGGGCCCGUUACGGUGGAGGACGCGCGUGCGGCGCUGGAGGUGACCAAGCCCAGCGCACGGCUGCACGAGGACAAGUACCGCAAGUUCAAUGACGACUACGGGCAGCUGGCCACGUAGCCAAACAUGUCAGGCAUGCCAUGAUGCGCUAGGAAGGGUCCUUGCGUCCAUUUAUCUGUUUUUAUAUCAUGGUGGACAACACUCCACAGUGAAGGGAAUAGUAGCUCGGGCCUCUGACGGCACGCCACGCACCUGCUCUGGCUGGCAUCUGCGGGGCUUAGGGCUGUGGCGACCAGUGAAGCGGGCCAGGCGCAGAGGACAGACCAGGGCAUGGCUCGGCUUGUCGUUUCCUUUCGCUGCGAAUGUGUGUAACGUAUGGUAUUUGUGGAAUGUAGGACUGUAUGUGGUAUGGUGGGCAGCUUUCAUGGAGCAUAGAGUUCUCAGUGUCAGUGUGCUUACAAGUCUGGCCUUUGCGAAGACCGCAAUACACCGCAUGGGUGUCUGGGGGUCGACAUGCUCCUUCCUAUCCGUCGUUCCGCACGGUCCGCACGGUACACAAGACGAAGGGCAGGACGUAAGGCCCCCUGAGGGCUUCCGACGAGGAAGGCUACUCACCAAAUGAACUAGAGGAGAGAACCCCCGGUGAAACGGAAGCAAGUCCUGCUAGCCCAAGGCCCAGAGGACGACGUCGGCGUUGCAGGUGGCACGCCCCUCAAGUGUAGAGCAGGUUUCGCUCGUGAGCUGCAUCAGCAGGUCCCUGUUGUAACCAAUGCAAUCU